CCGCCUCUGCUGCUCCUGCUGGCGCUGCCCGGCGGCGGCGGCGGCUCCCCGGUGACGGCGGCGGCGGCGGCGGCGGCGGCGGGGGACAGCGUGAUCCUGGGCAUGCGGCUGGAGGAGAGCACGAAGCCGGCGGCGGCGGCGCCGUCGCGGGGUCCGAUCCGGGUGACGGAGGGCAGCGAGGUGCUGCUGCGCCUCUACGGGCUGGGGCUGGGCCCUCGCACCGGCGAGCGGGUGGCCUUCGCCGAGCUGCGCCCCGCCGCCAACGCCUCGGCCGCCAACGGCAGCUGCCCCGAGCGCUCCCAGGACCUGGUGGUGCGGCCCGGGCCCGCCGAGCCCCGCAGCACCUCGGCGCUGCUGCUGGUGCGCGUGCAGCCCCUGCGCAAGGACGAGCGGGCCAAGACGUACGUGCUGUGCAGCCAGCGGAGGCCCGGGCAGCCGUGGCUGCCCCACCGGGGCCCCGACGGGCAGCUGGUGGUGCUGGAGGAGAAGAAGUCGCUGCUGCCGCUGUGGCUGCAGGUGACGCUGAUCGGCGGGCUGCUGGUGCUGUCGGGGAUGUUCAGCGGGCUCAACCUGGGGCUGAUGGCGCUGGACCCCAUGGAGCUGCGCAUCGUGCAGAACUGCGGCACCGACAAGGAGAAGCGCUACGCCCGCAAGAUCGAGCCCAUCCGCCGCAAGGGGAACUACCUGCUGUGCUCCCUGCUGCUGGGCAACGUGCUGGUCAACACCACGCUCACCAUCCUCCUCGACGACCUCAUCGGCUCCGGCAUCGGCGCCGUGGUGGCCUCCACCAUCGGCAUCGUCAUCUUCGGGGAGAUCGUGCCCCAGGCGCUCUGCUCCCGCCACGGGCUGGCCGUGGGCGCCAACACCAUCGUGGUCACCAAGUUCUUCAUGCUGGUGACGUUCCCCCUCUCCUACCCCAUCAGCAAGCUGCUGGACUGCGUCCUGGGCCAGGAGAUCGGCACCGUCUACAACCGGGAGAAGCUGGUGGAGAUGCUGAAGGUGACGGAGCCCUACAACGAUCUGGUGCGGGAGGAGCUCAACAUGAUCCAGGGCGCCCUGGAGCUGCGCACCAAGACGGUGGAGGACGUGAUGACCCCGCUGCAGAACUGCUUCAUGAUCAACAGCGACGCCAUCCUGGACUUCAACACCAUGUCGGAGAUCAUGGAGAGCGGCUACACCCGCAUCCCCGUCUACGAGGACGAGCGCUCCAACAUCAUGGACAUCCUCUACAUCAAGGACCUGGCCUUCGUCGACCCCGACGACUGCACGCCCCUCAAGACCAUCACCAAGUUCUACAACCACCCCGUCCACGUCGUCUUCCACGACACCAAGCUGGACGCCAUGCUGGAGGAGUUCAAAAAGGGGAAGUCCCACCUGGCCAUCGUGCAGAAGGUGAACAACGAGGGCGAGGGAGACCCCUUCUACGAGGUGCUGGGGCUGGUGACGCUGGAGGACGUCAUCGAGGAGAUCAUCAAGUCGGAGAUCCUGGACGAAUCGGACACCUACACCGACAACCGCAGCAAGAAGCGGGUGGGCAACCAGAAGAACAAGCGGGACUUCUCGGCCUUCAAGGACCCCGUCAACGAGCUGAAGGUGAAGGUGUCCCCGCAGCUGCUGCUGGCCGCUCACCGCUUCCUCUCCACGGAGGUGACGCUCUUCACGCCCAACUUCAUCUCGGAGAAGAUCCUCCUGCGGCUGCUCAAGUACUCGGACGUCAUCCAGGAGCUGAAGUUUGACGAGGAGAACAAGAAGUCCCCGCGCCACUUCCUCUACACCAAGAACAAGGCAGCCGACUACUUCAUCCUCAUCCUGCAGGGCAAGGUGGAGGUGGAGGCCGGCAAGGAGUGCAUGAAGUUCGAAGCGGGAGCCUUCUCCUACUACGGGGUGAUGGCCAUCAGCCCGCCUCCGGUAUCGGAGACCCGCUCCCCGUCCCACGUCAGCAGCCUGAACCGCUCGGCCUCCCUGAGCUACCACGAGCGCUCCGACUCCGUCUCAUCCCCCGUCGGCGGCAGCAACAACCAGCUCAACGCCGGCGCCCCGUACGUGGCCGACUUCAGCGUCCGCGCCCUCACCGACCUCCAGUUCGUCAAGAUCACGCGGCAGGAGUACCAGAACGGCCUCACCGCCUCCCGCAUGGACAGUUGUCCCCAGUCCCCAGACAGCAGCGCUCCCAAACCCGACCUGCCGGAGAAGCCGGAGCCCGCCGACGAGACCACCAGCCUCCUGAACGAGAGGAACUGCCUGAGCCGCCGGAGCAACCACAGCCCCAUGGAGAACUCCAUCUGACCCCGGCCGCGGGCCAGGGACGCGUUGGGACCCCCGCAGCCGCCCUGCGGGGACCCCGCCCCGGUCAGAGAUGCUCCGGCGGCGACGGAGCUGGUACGGGUCCGCCGCGCCGGCCGCCGAGGGAACAGACGCGCCCGCCGCCGGUUUCGCGGUCCAGAAGGGAGCCCCGGUUUUGCUGCUGCUGCUUUUUGGAGACUGGGGUCCGUGGUUUCAGCGCGGUGGAGGCCCCGCGGCCGUCGGACGUUCGCGUGCAGCUCAGGGAGCUUCAGGUCCCGCGGGCCGGGCCCCGCCACGGCCUCCCCGGGGGGCGUUU